AUGGCGGAGAUGAAGGAAGCCCAGAGGAAGAAGCGUCAGAUGAAGGAGAGACACAGACAGGAGGACAGCAUCUCCAACGCCAUGGUCAUCUGGAACACAGAGAUCCUGCCACACUGGGACACCAUGAAGGGAACGAGGCGGGUCAGGGAGCUCUGGUGGCAGGGACUUCCUCCCAGUGUCAGAGGAAGGGUGUGGAGCCUCGCCAUCGGCAACGAGCUCAACAUCACACCAGAGCUGUAUGAGAUCUUCCUGUCCCGAGCCAAAGAGAAGUGGAGGAGUUACAGCGAAACUAGUUCAGUCAACGACAGUGAGAGUGAAGGGGCGUCUCUGGCUGACAGAGAGUCCAGUCUGGACCUCAUCAAACUGGACAUUUCCAGAACCUUUCCCUCUCUCUUCAUCUUCCAGAAGGGCGGUCCCUACCACGACCUCCUCCACAGUGUACUGGGGGCUUACACCUGUUACAGACCAGACAUUGGCUACGUGAGUUUGCUGUUUUUUCCACCAUCAACACUAACAGUCGAUGUUCAGGUGUUUACAGACAGAAUUGAACUUACUGACAAUUUUAUUGUCUUUACAUUGAGACAUUUGGUGUCCAGCAUUUAGGCCUGGUUAUUGUUUCAAUACCAGUUGAGAUAGAUUGGUCAUUGGAUAAAUGAUUUUAUUUUCAAAUUGUUGUCAAAUGUUUUUUUUUUCCUUUUCAACAAAACACAUUUUUCAUCAACAAAAGAAGCCAAAAAUCAAAUCAAUCAAAAAACAGGAACGAAAUAAGUUAGUAGUUUCGACCCAUCCGUAGCAGAAACAAUGGCGGCUCGCCUGCUCACACACAAUCUCGUUACAGCUAAACAGUACACUAAAAUAUGUUUGUGAACAGAUUUGAGGAGAGAAAUAG